CUUCUCGCGAUUCAAAUCUCCUUCGUAUAUAAUAUGAAAUCUGCGAAGUCAAAGCUGUGAGAGUUCAAAACACCUUGCCCCCAGAUCAUGCCAGAGUAUAUGUAUAUAUAUAUGUUAAUUUGUUAAUUAAUAAUUAGUAUGAUUCCAGAAUUCCAGAUCAGAAAAACAAUUUAAUUCUCUAAAUCAUAAAAAUGGAAAAAAUUUUAAAAAGUUGAAAAAAAAGCUAGAAAAUCGGAAAAAAGAAAAGAAUAAAAACGAUGAGGAAAAGUCUCCUUCCUCAUGUUGUUGAACCGUAAACCGAAAACGUGAACGAAGUUCCAAAGGUACGGUUUUCCCCUCUGGAAAAAGCGCCAAAAGCAAAAAAUGAAGCCCUAAUUUUUUUUAUUUAAAUUUUUUGAACUUCGGUUCCUUGUAACUUAAGCAUCGAAUCAUUGCCGAUUUGAAUUUGUGAAAUGUGCUUCUCGGAGAACGAUUAAGAGAAGGAAAGAGGAAACUCACCAGGCGAAGUGUGUGUGUGUAUGUUUUUUUUAAAAAAUUGCCUUUUUUUUUUUGUAAAUUUUAUCGAUUGAUGAAGAAGUAUCGCCGAUGGCUGAGGAUUGUGAUCCUCUCUUUGCUUUCUUUAUCAGUACUGGCUCCAAUCGUGGUGGUUUCUUUCAGACUCAAAACCCUCACUUCCAUCGGCAAGAAAGAUUUCAUUGAGGAUUUGGCUAGUAUUAAGCAUAGGGCAGAUAAUUUAAGAUUCAAUGCAAUUGAACAGGAAGGUGCUGAAGAAUUAAAAGGUCCAGAACUUAUUGUUUUCAAAGAGAAGAAUUUUAGUUCAGUAGUUAGUCACAUUUCUGAUAAGAAUCAUGAUCUGUUAGAAACAAAUGGAAAAGAGAAGCAUCAAAUUCAACAGAGUACGGAAGGGGUGAACUCCACGGAAAAGGAGCAACCUAACCAAGAAACAGGCGGACCUGAUCAGCAUUUGCAGUCUCAACCUUGCAGGGCGGAUGAGAAGGUAAGGAAGAUGAGAGAUCAGCUCGUUAGAGCAAAAGCAUAUUUAAGUUUUCAACCACCAAAUACCAACUCCCACUUGAUGAAAGAGUUGAGAAAUCGAAUCAAAGAGAUUGAACAAGUAAUUGGUGAAGCCAGCAAGGAUUCUGAUUUACCACGGAGGGCUUAUCAGAAAAUGAGAUUGAUGGAGUCUGCAUUGGGCAAAGCGAAUCGUGCAUACCCUGACUGCUCUCAGAUGGCUAACAAACUUCGUGCCAUGGCUAAUAAUGCGCAAGAACAGAUUCGGUCACAGAGGAAUCAAGAGUCAUAUCUUGUUCAACUUGCUGGAAGGACUACCCCUAAAGGACUUCACUGCCUCUCCAUGCAGCUGACGGCUGAAUAUUUUUUCCUUCAACCAGAGGACAGGCAGUUUCCUAACCAAGAAAAGUUGAUUGAUCCAGACCUUUAUCACUAUUCAGUAUUCUCUGACAAUAUUCUGGCUUGUGCUGUUGUUGUUAACUCCACAAUUUCCUCUGCAAAGGAACCAGAGAAAAUUGUUUUUCAUGUGGUGACUGAUUUUCUCAACCUCCCUUCAAUUUCAAUGUGGUUUUUAUUAAACCCUCCCGGCAAAGCUACUAUCCGUGUUCAGUGCAUAGCAGAUUUUGAUUGGUUAUCUACCAAGUACAUUUCAAUAUUGGCAGAACAAAAGUCCAGUGAUCCUAGAUAUACUUCCGUCCUCAACCAUCUUCGGUUUUAUCUGCCAGACAUCUUUCCAGCACUGAAUAAGAUCAUGCACCUUGAUCAUGAUAUCGUAGUGCAAAAAGAUUUAACUGAAAUUUGGAGUGUUGACAUGAAGGGAAAAGUAAAUGCAGCAGUGGAGACUUGUACAGAAAGCGAACCUUCUUAUCGUGCAAUGCAUAUGUUUGUGAACUUUUCAGACCCGUUUUUGGAACAGAGAUUUAAUGCCAGUGUUUGCACUUGGGCAUUCGGCAUGAAUUUGUUUGAUCUCCAAGAAUGGAGAAGAAGAAAUUUAACCGGGUUAUACUGUGAUUACUUGCAACUGGGACUUGAAAGGCCAUUAUGGAAGGCAGGAAGUUUGCCCAUAGGGUGGAUUACCUUCUACAACCAGACUGUACCUUUAGAAAAGAGAUGGCACAUGCUCGGGCUAGGUUCCAACACCGAUCUCAGUUCGGAUGAUAUUGAGAACGCUAGAGUCUUACACUACGAUGGGGUCAUGAAACCCUGGUUGGAAAUCGGAAUCACUAAAUACAAAGGCUAUUGGACCCAACAUUUGCAGUACGACAAUCCUUACUUUCAACAGUGCAAUAUCAAUGACUAAAUUUGACGAUCACAACAUACAAAGUGAAGAUUUCUUUGAUUCAUACCACAUUACUAGUUGCAUCUCAAUUGAUCUGAUUCUUUAACCAUCAUUUCAUGUAAAUGUAAACUUAUUUUUUCUCCCAUCUUUAUUACGGCUGUAAUCUUUUAGGGGUUGAGUCAAAUUUUAUGGUCAUAAAUUUCAUAGAGGUAUUGCUGUAUUGGAGGUAUAUACAUUUUGUACAUAAUUCAUAUCAUCACAAUAAUUCCACUAUUCUUUCUUUUGAAAAUGUUAAUUCCACUGAAUUUAGACCUAGACGUUCUUGAUAUGAAUGGGGAAACAUAUAUAUGAUAGUUUAUUUGUGA